CAACCACCCCACCCCCACCCCAAACACCACUGUUCCGAAAUCGUAUAUAAAGCGUGUCAUUUACAUAUUCUGUAACAAAAUCAACCUGAAAAUCUUCCACCGUUUAUUCACAAUUUACUCUGCGAAAACCAAAACCAGAAUUCCCUCACCAGCAAUUGAUCACUCAAUUUAAUUCUGUUGUAUAACGCAAUUACUACGUCUUCAAUUCAGGCGGCUGUUGUGUGGCCGGAAGCAAAUCUCCGACAUGCACGACGGAGGACACCACCACCACCAGCGCCGCCGCCAGGAUCAAGGCGAAGCGCUUUCUCUGGAUUUGAAGAAUCUGAAGGUGUUAUCGGCGCUCGGCCGCGGCGCCAAGGGAGUGGUGUUUCUCGUCAGAACUGAAACUGGAGAAUUGCUUGCGCUUAAAGCAAUAUUACGAUCUUCAAUUGAGAAGGCGAAGAAGAAGAAGGUCACCACCGGCAACAGCCACGGCGGCGGUGAGUACCGGAGAAUCUGCUUCGAGAGAGAAGUGCUCGCCUCCUUACACCAUCCGCUUCUGCCGGAGCUUCAUGGAGUUUUGAUCACUGAUAAAAUCGUCGGUUACGCCAUGGAUUACUGCUCCGGCCGUGAUCUGAAUUAUUUGAGGAAAAAGCAGACCGAGAAAAUGUUCUCCGAUGAUAUCAUUAGAUUUUACGCUGCAGAAUUGGUGCUGGCUUUGGAAUAUCUACAUAAUUCCGGCAUCGUUUACAGAGAUUUGAAGCCGGAAAAUGUUAUGGUUCAGGAAAACGGUCAUUUAAUGCUGGUAGAUUUCGAUCUCUCAACCAAACUCGCCGCUAAAUCUCCUGAAAAUCGUUCAGUCUCCUCCGAAUCGAAGCCGGAAACCAAGCCGAAGAAGAAGAAGAGAUUCGGUUUUUUCUUCAAUCGCCGUGACUCGGGGAUUUCGCCCGACGACUCGGUUCAGCGUGAGGAACUCGAAUCGGAAUCAGUGAGUUCGGAAGCGGACUCGGUGGAGAAAUCGAACUCGUUUGUCGGCACGGAGGAGUACGUGGCGCCGGAGAUCAUUCUGGGAGACGGCCACGAUUUCUCCGUCGACUGGUGGUGCUUGGGCGUCAUGCUGUACGAGAUGCUCUACGGAACGACGCCGUUCCGGGGAGUCAACCGGAAGGAGACUUUCUACCGGAUUAUUACGAAAGCCCCGAAUCUGACGGGGGGAUUGACGCCGUUAAGGGACUUGAUUGGAAAGUUACUCGAGAAAGAUCCGGUGAAGAGGAUUUCCGUUCGUGAAAUCAAGGGCCACGACUUUUUUAGCGGCGUUGACUGGGAAAGAAUUACGGAAAUGCCCAGGCCGCCGUUUAUUCCAGAACUGACGGACGUUGAAUAA